ACUGGCGCCAUCAUUUCUACUUAUGCUCUGCUGUCUCACAACAACAAAGUACUGAUGUACUCAAAAGGAGUGACACUUACUGUGGUACAAACCCGCCUUCUGUGUUCAGGUUCAAUUUAGACAAACACGCAAUGCUCGAAGCGAAACAAAAAACAACAUGAGAAUAGAAUGAAAGUAAAAGUAAAGAAGGGUAUAAAAGCUCAUCUUGCAACCGGUUAUGGAGACAUUAGUAGAGUUGAAACUACCGGUGCUUCCUGGGAGACGUCUCAGCAGGACAAACUCGGUUACUCAGGUGUGCAGGCCUCAGAAAAAAUGGCACAAAUGGAUUCUGGAAGAAUGGAGAAUUACAAAUCAGAAAUCAACAGAGUGGGAAGUAAGUUAGGUAUUGAUCCUGACCUUAUUGCUGCCAUCAUCUCAAGAGAGUCAAGAGCUGGAAAUACCCUGCAGAAUGGUUGGGGUGACCACCAAAACGCCUGGGGACUCAUGCAGGUUGAUAUUAGAUAUAACGAUAAAAAGGGAAACUGGAACAGUGAAGAGCAUCUCCACCACGCCACAGGGAUCCUGGUUCAUUUUAUUACAAGGAUUCAGAGCAAGUUCCCAAAUUGGAACAAGGAGCAGCAGCUGAAAGGAGGGAUAGCGGCCUACAAUAUGGGAGAUGGUAAUGUCCAUUCAUAUGAAAAUGUGGAUGCCCACACAACUGGUGGGGACUACUCCAAUGACGUUGUUGCCAGAGCCCAGUGGUAUAAAAUCCAUGGUUUUUGAAGUCUGCAGCUGAUAAACCAGCGUAUAUCAUGCAAACUAAAACAUUCUGCUUGUUUUUAAUGCAACAGUUACUGUUUAGAUCUGACAUGAUUUUAAAAGCAGAUCUUAGAACAUUUAGAACAUCGUCUCCGAAGAAUCUUUAGGGAUGAAUCUUCCAACCCAGGUUAAGAAAAGCCUCUAAACCUGAUCAGUGUCGUAUAAAGUGAAGCAUUGGACAAAAUGACUGCAGAUAUUAUCGUGUUAACUAAGUCAUUACAAAGUCAACAUAAAAAACGCUUGGGUUGAUUAUUCAGAAAAUCAAUAUUUACAAGUUUUCAAUCAACUUUGAUUAUAUUUUCUUUGACUCUAAAUGUAUAUUUAAAGAGUAAAUUUUAAACGUCAUGGGUCAGUUUUGAAUUAAAUGCUGAAAAAUUAAAAGAUUGUGCAACGUU